AUGGCGGCCCUUCCCGGCACGGUCCCGAGGAUGAUGCGGCCGGCUCCGGGGCAGAACUACCCGCGCACGGGGUUCCCUCUGGAAGUGUCCACUCCACUUGGCCAAGGCCGGGUCAAUCAGCUUGGAGGGGUCUUCAUCAACGGGCGACCCCUGCCUAACCACAUCCGCCACAAGAUAGUGGAGAUGGCUCACCAUGGCAUCCGGCCCUGUGUCAUCUCUCGCCAGCUGCGUGUCUCCCAUGGCUGUGUCUCCAAGAUUCUCUGCCGCUACCAGGAGACUGGGUCCAUCCGGCCUGGGGCCAUCGGCGGCAGCAAGCCCAGACAGGUGGCGACUCCGGAUGUGGAGAAAAAGAUCGAGGAGUACAAGAGGGAAAACCCGGGCAUGUUCAGCUGGGAGAUCCGCGACCGGCUGCUGAAGGACGGCCACUGUGACCGCAGCACCGUGCCCUCAGUGAGUUCGAUUAGCCGCGUGCUCAGAAUCAAGUUCGGGAAGAAAGAGGACGACGACGAAGCGGACAAGAAGGAAGACGACGGCGAGAAGAAAGCCAAACACAGCAUCGACGGCAUCCUGGGUGACAAAGGGAACAGGCUGGACGAGGGCUCGGACGUGGAAUCGGAACCCGACCUCCCGCUGAAGCGCAAGCAGCGCCGCAGCCGGACCACGUUCACGGCCGAGCAGCUGGAGGAGCUGGAGAAGGCCUUCGAGAGGACUCACUACCCGGACAUCUACACCCGCGAGGAGCUGGCGCAGAGGACCAAGCUGACCGAGGCGCGCGUCCAGGUCUGGUUCAGUAACCGCCGUGCCCGUUGGCGUAAGCAGGCAGGGGCCAACCAGCUGGCGGCGUUCAACCACCUCCUGCCGGGAGGCUUCCCACCCACUGGCAUGCCCACGCUGUCCCCCUACCAGCUGCCGGACUCCACCUACCCCACCACCACCAUCUCCCAAGACGGGGGCAGCACCGUGCACCGGCCCCAGCCCCUGCCGCCGUCCACCAUGCACCAGGGUGGGCUGGCCGCGGCCGCCGCAGCCGCCGACACCAGCUCUGCGUACGGAGCUCGCCACAGCUUCUCCAGCUACUCCGACAGCUUCAUGAACCCGGCGGCGCCCUCCAACCACAUGAACCCGGUCAGCAACGGCCUGUCUCCUCAG